AUGAUGAUCAGAAACCUUCCAGAGGAUUUGCUAGUGGAAAUACUCUCUAAGGUUCCGGCUCUAUCUUUGGCACGAUUACGAUCAACAUCCAAGAAAUGGAACGCUCUGAUCAAAUAUGAAAGAUUACUUGCUAAGAAACACUCUGCUAAUGCUCUGAUGCACUCCUCCUCUCUGACUCUUGUGUUGAUUGAUUAUAGGCAUUAUGUAGCGAGAUUCAAUCUCCAUGGAAUUCACAGUAACGUUGCUCCAUCUGUUAAGGUAACUGGUCAAUUUAUCCUAAAAGGUCCUCUUUCUAAUAACUCUUCAGAAGAAGUUGGUAUACGUAACGUCAUUCACUACGACGGAUUAUUGCUAUGUAGCACCAACGACAAUAGAUUGGUCGUUUGGAAUCCAUGUUUAGGUGAAACAAGGUGGAUCCAACCCAGAAAUUCAUACAAGGAAUCAGACCUCUAUGCUCUAGGUUACGAUAACCAAACUCAACAGAGAAAGUAA